UUUUUGCCAAUACGAAAAGGUUAUAAUAAUGAAAAAAAUGAAGGCAACAGCAAGUAAUCAAUCAGAAGAAAAUCUUGGCUUGUCUAGUUUAUACACAGAACUUAGAAGUAGAAGAACAACACGUGCGAAGGCUCCGAAAAUAACAAAACCUACACAAGUUGAGACUGCAUCGUUAAUACAAUUAACACCACCUGUGUCUAUUGAAAGUACGUCUGCUGUACAGUUAGCAAUAACUGAACAACCACUACCUCCGUCACCUAAUCCAUCGCAACCUGACGAAACAAUGGGUUACACAUGGGACAAAAGAGCGAUUAUCGCUAAAAGUCAACCUUGGUAUAACAUCGAAGAGUUAAUGGCUUUACUUAUUAACAUUCGUAAAGCUAACUAUAGCAUCGUUGAACAAAGGCAACAAAUGUUGACUGCUCUUAACGAGAUGAGAACUGCAGCUCCUUUUGACAGAAACGUUCGAUUUCCAGAAGGGGUAGUUUACAUUUGUGAAACACACGGCGACUGGAUAAGAAAGUUCCAGCAAUUAAGGACUUCUUUAAGUUUUAAAGACUUUUCUGCUAAGGAUAAAGGAUCAACAAGCAAACCAGGACUCGGUGAUGGUUACCAAACGACGGCGUUGGAUGAGAUUCUGAUGUGGAUUCCGGCUCCAGAGGUGUUCAUCAUCUAUCAAUUUAAUGAGUUCACAAGCUAAAACCCAAGAGAAUCUGAAUUUUAGAGCGAGG